UACGGGUGGAGGAAAAAGCUCUCGUGAGACACACGUGUGUUUGGUGCGCGUGAAGCGAUAGCAACAUGGCUAGUCUCAGCUACGAAGGCUGUAAUUUCCUCAGGCAGAGACUCGUGCUGUCCACGCUGAGUGGGAAAAGGGUGAAAGUACGAAAUAUCCGAUCCAGAGACGACAACCCCGGGCUUCGAGAUUUUGAAGCGAGCUUCAUCAGGCUGCUGGACAAAGUGACCAACGGCACCAGGAUCGAAAUCAACCAAACAGGAACGGUGUUGUUUUACCAGCCUGGCCUGCUGUAUGGUGGCUCUGUGGAGCAUGAGUGUAACGUUCAGCGCUCCAUAGGUUACUACCUUGAGGCGCUCAUCAUGCUGGCACCGUUCAUGAAGAGUCCACUCAAAGCCGUAUUAAAGGGGGUGACGAACGACCCGGCGGACCCUUCGGUGGACUUGCUAAAAGCCACCGCUAUUCCUCUGAUGAAGACGUUUGGUAUCGAUGGUGAAGGUCUGGAAAUAAAGGUGGUCAGGAGAGGCAUGGCGCCUGGGGGAGGAGGUGAAGUGCAUUUUUCCUGUCCUGUACGGCGAACCAUCAAACCCGUGCAGCUCAUGGAUCCGGGCAAAAUCAAGAGGAUCAGAGGAACAGCAUACUCAGUGCGAGUGUCGCCUCAGAUGGCCAACAGGAUCGUAGACUCGGCCCGUAGCAUCUUAAACAAAUUUAUUCCAGACAUUUACAUUUACACAGACCACAUGAAAGGAGCCAGUUCGGGGAAGUCUCCGGGGUUCGGCUUGACGUUGGUGGCAGAGACGAUAAACGGGACGUUUCUGAGCGCAGAGAUGGCAUCGACCCCACAGGGACAGGGAGAUCCGGUUCUUCCUGAAGAACUGGGGAAGAACUGUGCAAAACUUCUGCUGGAGGAGGUGUACAGGGGUGGCUGUGUGGAUUCGAAUAACCAGAGCUUGGCUCUCUUGUACAUGACGCUUGGCCAGCAAGAUGUGUCCAAAGUUCUUCUAGGUCCCCUUUCUCCAUAUACGAUAGAGUUUCUUCGGCACAUCCGGGACUUUCUUCAGAUCAUGUUCAAGAUCGAGCAGCAGAAAGAAGACGAAGAAGAGCAGAAAGGAGGAGAGAAAGUGCUGAUGACCUGCGUAGGUGCCGGUUACACCAACAUCAGCAAGACGCUCAAAUAGAGACUCCUCUUUCACCGGCACCACAGCCAUGUCUCAAACUGCGUACUUUACACGUGUUUAGUUCAAGAACACCGGGUUAAUACAAUAAGGUCUAGUGUACACCAGGUACAAUGUGAGGUAGCACAUUUAAUGCAGAAUGUUCUUGUUUGUUUUAUUUGAGAACUUGCUGUUCUACAAGAGUACAUAGUGUACAAAGGUUAUGUUGUAUAAUAUGUUACUUGAGACAUGGACCCGAAGGUUUUAUACAUGUUUUGGUUGUUGUUUUUUUUUUUUAUGAAAAAUGUACAGUUAAUGAUGAUACCUUUACCAAGAAAAUAUGAAAAAAAUCAAACGUG